CUUAAUGGUUCAAACCUCUUACUGAUUCAGCACUUAAUGUUCAGACCUCUAACUCGUUCAAACACUUUUCUAUUCCAAAGAGCCCCUCACAUUCAAAGCUAAGAUUCUUCCCUUGUAGAACACCUCUUGAUCAAUUAAUAUACUGUAUUUUUCUUCCUUUAACUACUCAAAUUUUAAUAUUCCACAUUCAAAGCUAAGAUUUUUUUUUUUUUUAAAUUUGACAGGAAGCAGUUCACACAUCCGAGAGAGAAGCCAUCGUCUUCAACAGCUCAAACGCAGUCUCCGUCACCGGCCAGUUUCAUUUCCAGCAUGGAUUUCUCCGGAGAUGGCACUGAAGAUCCCGAGCUCGAAACGACACAUUUUCCCCCCUCAGGAGAAUUCAAAGACGGAUCAGUUGCUUUAAGUUUCAGCUUCUGGCAAUAGUCGGUUUUCCUUGCCGGAUGCUUCUUCGCCUCAUAAGGCAUUGCAUAGAACUGGCUUUUCCGGCGGCCCCAUUCUCCAAAGUGGAGAAUCUGUUUGCCAGCAUGCCUAGAGGGGUAAGGUAUACAACUCAACAGGGUUAUGAAUGGCUUCUAGGCGAACAUCCCAAACCAAUAUGGACAGACUGGGUUUGGAACAGGGAAACACUGCCAAAGUGCCAGUUUAUAAUGUGGCUAAUUAUGCGUGGGCGUAUACAAACAAAAGUUAGACUGGCGAGAGUUAUGGAGUUGGACACAACAUACCUAGCUACAUCAUUGUCUCAUGCCACCUAUGGGGCAUAUGCCCUCGGCCUAACCGAGGGCACCUCCCGAGUAGAGAUCCUGAGCAGGCUCAUUGGGCUCAAAUCUUCUCGGAGCAUCCUUCUCUUUUUGGGCCUCCUUGAGAUGGGCCAAGCCAAGCAGUUCCCCGAGAACUAUAGUGGAUAGAUACAAGGUGAACCCGUUGGCAUUAGAGUCACACAUCAAAAGCUAGCUAUUAAGGCAUGAGAACCCUAGGCUAUAUAAAUUCAUCACUAACUCUCCUGUUUGACCGGUGUGGGACAUUGAAUCAGUCCGUAACACAAGGCUAAUACAAUCCUAAGGUUUGG